AUGAAGAUCCACUGCCUCACAUCUGCCCUCUCCCUCAUCUUCCUCCUCCUAAUCUCUCCAACUUGCGCCCUAAUCGACAGCAUUUCUGCCCCAACGAAAAUUCUCCACCCUGGUGAAAAGUUCAUCGUGACAUUCCACACAUCCCCUUUCAUCCAAAGCAACCAUCAAUUCUACGCCCUCUUCGGGAUAGCGCCCUUCCCCGGCUUAGGGGUGUCGUUCUUGGGACUUCCCAUCCCGGCUGUGGCCCCCGUUCCUGGUGCAGAUGGCGGAUUGGGUUUGCGUAACCUUGGUAGUGGCCCUGGCGGGAAGGGAAAAUUGGGGAUCGAUAUUGGUGGUAUAGAUUUGUGGGAGGCGAACUUGGGGAACAUUGGUAGCCCGAAGGGAUUCAACGUGACGUUGAGGUUACCUGUCGAUUUGACCACGACGAAAAAUCGAGUGACGAAGUUUGUGCUUCAAACCGGUGUGCUUGGAACGCAUGCAUUGGACGUCCUCCACCUAGUCGAAGAAAUUCUUGGUAUUAUGGCGUACAUUAUGAACCAACUCACGUUUGGUGAUAUUGAGUCAUGUGGCGUCCUAUUACCUUUCUUGGUGACAUUGGUGCCAAAGUCAUUCACGUACAACGGGACUGAGAGGGCUACUUUGGGAAUUGGUUCGGUUGCCAUUACGAUGGCUGAAGUUGUUGGCCGAGCUUGCAAGGCGUUUGUUCAGUACAAGUGGUUGUGCAAGUUGGGCCCUGGGGACUCCGAGGGGAAGCCUCAGCUCAUCGAACGAGUAUUCCAGCGGAAUACCGCAUCGAUCCUUUCAUCCACUGCUUUUCCUUUUCUGGAAGUUCGUUCAAAUGGGCUGGUUGUCAUGACUUGUCUCAAACCACGCGUGGAGCACAACAGGAUCGGAUAUGGCACAAUUCUAUGUACUGGUUUCCUUUGCACCUUCUUCAAGUUGGGCUCAUGGCCACACGUCGCACCACCUACUUGUCCCACCGCAUUUUUCCUCGACCGUCAGUGUCUUGAACGAAAGCAAGUGUGCAAGCGACCGUCUCUCACAAUGACCAUUGACCAGCGACUGAAUGAAAAGUCGACAUGCCUGUCUCAGCUGUCCUUGUCCUUGCGUUGUGCGGAACAGAAUUCGCGUGUGCAAGGCUGA